GAAGUAACUCUAACCCACGGGGAAGAUUUUGUUUUGGCUUUCGAAGCGCAGAAAGACAUUUGCUUUCUUUUUGUAUCCAAAGUACUUUUAAUUUAACUGAAGACUUUAGAAAAAUGGCAGUGUACCGGUAAUACACAUAUUUUGGUAAUAUGUUUUUUUGAGCGGCUGGGAAUAUACUGUUUUAAAAUGAGUGGAGGCUUGGCACCAAGUAAAAGUACAGUUUAUGUCUCUAACUUUCCAUUUACACUGACCAAUAAUGAUCUUCAUAAAAUAUUUGAAAAGUAUGGAAAGGUUGUGAAAGUUACAAUAGUAAAAGAUAAAAUAACACACCGAAGUAAAGGUGUUGCCUUUGUUCUAUUUUUAGAAAGAGAAUCAGCUCAUCGAACAGUUGCUGCCUUAAAUAACACAGAGAUGUUUGGUCGAACUAUAAAAUGUAGUAUAGCUAAAGAUAACGGUAGAACCACUGAAUUUAUACGAAGAAAAGAAUACAAAGAUAAAUCUCAUUGUUACGAGUGUGGGGAAGAAGGACAUCUUAGUUAUGCAUGUCCUAAAAAUUUAUUAGGACAACGAGAACCCCCACCUAAAAAGAAGAAAAAAUUCAGAGAUUUUGAAGAAAAUGAAGAAGGUUAUGAUAGUAAUGAGGAUGUAGUUGAAGCUCCAGAAAGUUUAGCAUCAGCCAUUAAAAAUGAGCAGUUGAAUAUGGUGCCCGAUACAAGUAUUUAUGCCAAUGUGGGAUUUUCAUAUCCGGAAUCAUCAGAACCAAAGAAAAAGAAAUUUAAAAAAGAUGCAUAUUUUAGUGACGAAGAAGAGUUGGACGAUGACUGACUUAAUAGUCAGUUUAAAAACAAUAUUAUGCAUUGUGAUCUUGAAUAUUUUUGAGGCAAUAUCUGGAAACCAUUGAAUCUUGAUAUAUUUACAAAUGGAUACAUUUAUUACCCAUUAUUGAUCAGCAAGUCCAUUACCGGUGUGCGAUGUGACACUUGAAGACCCAAGAGAAGGGAAUGAAUCUACCUCAAGAUAAGUCAGUGAAAGUGGCAAGUGAAUUCGUUUACAAAUGGAUCUUCAUUAAUGAUUGGGAAAGGACGGCUCAUUAUUUCAGUAGUCAUUCGUUAUGUACACGUAUAUGUCUAUUUAAAGUACGACAUGUUAUUAUUUACAAGCAAGAAAAUUUUCAUUCGUAUUAUAUACACAGCAGCCAGCCUUUAUUGGAAGUAUAAAGCACAGUCUAUAUUAACUUCUGAAUUAAUAUCUAAAAGAUUUCCACUUCAUAGCGUGAUGGGUAAACACACACACAUGUGAUUUUAUAUAUAGAUAUAUGGUAUGGCUGAUUAUAACUCCCAGAGUUAUUGUCCUUUAUACAAUCUUGUGAACAACAAAAGUUAUCAGAUCAGUUCGAAAUUCAUAUGCACUGAAAAAGCCUAUCAAAUUUCUAUAAUAUACUCCUAGAGUUAUGGCCCUUGCUUACUUUGUAGAAAUUUGUGAAAUCUAUAACUAAAAAAGUCAUCUGAUCUACUUUAAAUUUAUUUUCUUUGUUUUGAUUAUUGUCUUUGAUCUUGCUUGUGAUAUUAAACAGAUUUUGCCUUGUAUUUAGAUUCAGUGAGUAAGGCACUGGCUCAUUAACAAGGUCCCCAGUUUAAUGCAGGUUUUGGCCGAGAAAAGACCUCAUGAUUUCAAUUCCUGGCAAGGAAUGGUGUCUAGUUUUUAGGAUGGUACAAAAACAGAGGUCCUGUGCGUAUGUAUAAGAACCCUUAACACUUCAUUAUCCCAGUUGGUGCAAAAAAGUGGGAACAUAGAACCCUAUAUCAUUUCAGAUUCAAAACGGCACUGUUUUCUUUCCUCUGCAUUUAAAUGACAAAAUACUCAUCAGUUGUAAUUUAUUAGGUUGUGUUACAAAUAAUAUCACAGUUCAUCAUAAUCUAGGUCAUACAUGGUUUUAUCAGAAGCACUUCAUGACUAUUCUACAAACUGGGACUAACAUGGUUCAAUUUAUUUCACUGAUUCCCUUGCACAUAGGGGUUUAGCAAUGGGAUUCUUCUUAAUUAACAAACCCAGCAAAGCCAUUAAAAUUCAAGAUCAAAUUUUAUUAGUAAGAUAAAUUUUAGUUUUAACCUGAACAAUGCUGUUCCACAAAAUUCAUAUUAAUCAAUGCAUAUAUUCAAAAAGUCAGAAAAAGUACCAUGAUUAGCUUCAACAAUAAAAUUAUCAAAAAUAACAUGAUUAGCUUCUACGAUAAAAUCUAUCAAUGUUUCCAUUCUGAAUAUAACCUUGAUCACUAAGAGGCCACCAACUAAUAUCAUUAUUAUAACCAGGGUUUGAUUUCUUCGUAUCUUUCACUGAGGUGAAUAUAGAAUGGCUUGAAUCAGUUUGAUGUGCUUGGUUAUAUGGUGGCAUACACAGCCUUAAUUUCUGUAAUACUUGUCCUGGCCAGAAGGCAUUCUCAUCUGAUUUAGUGUUUAGACGGUUGAAUUUUGAUGCAUAAUGACUGAAAAAAAGUAAUAAAGAACAAAGGAUUUUAAUAUGCAAUUAA